AUGGCUGAUAGAAGAGUUGGUAAGCGGUCAAUGAAUCAGAGAGGUUUUUCGAAGGUGGACUCUGGAACAUGUAAUGUUUGUUCUGCUCCUUGUUCAUCAUGCACGCAUCGUAACAUUGGAUCAAAUUUAGACGAGUCAUCAGAUGAAAACGGCCACGGAGUAGCUGCCAGCCAGUGUUCUGUAAACGAGGACCGUCCUUUGCCUUCUUUAGUGGUUAAUUCUCGCAACAGUUCAAAUAACACUGUUAGUGAAGCAAGCAACCUUGUUAGUUUCAGUCAUGAUGCUCUCUCUGAGAAUGCGGAGAGUAGGGAAACAAUCAGACGUUCUGGGAUAUCCGAUGAUGCCGGAGCUGUCGUUAUGAAGUCAGAGACAUCUUUUUCUAGGAGCAGGAUGAAACAUAAAGUGUCUGCAUCAGCUAAUGUGACCUCUACCCGUUUAGAGGGCCAGGAAGAUGAGAUAUUGUCAGAAUGUGAAAAACUAGGAUCACAGGGUGACACAGACAAAGAGGAACCUUCAGUUGAAGGAUCCACACCUUCUGGCCAGAACGGGAAGGAUGUGAAGUCAAGUAAAAGCAAUUCCUUCAAUAAAUCAGAUGAGUCGGUCUCAUCAGCUAUGUCUGAGAGCGAGAGCGAUUCUGAAAUGGUCUUACAUGAUGUGAAAGUUUGUGAUAUCUGUGGAGAUGCGGGUCGUGAAGAUCUACUUGCUAUCUGCACCGGAUGCAGUGAUGGUGCAGAACACACCUAUUGCAUGCGGGAAAGGCUCAAUGCAGUUCCUGCGGGUGAUUGGCUGUGUGAAGAAUGUCAGUUUGCCGAGGACGCUGAAAAACAGAAGCAAGAAACUAAGAGAAAACGAGAAACUGAGGUAAUCCUCAGUCCACAGAGCUCAGGCAAAAGGCAUGCGGAUAAGAUUGAGGCAGCUCCAGAAGCUAAAAGACAGGCGGUUGAAGAUUCAACAGGGUCACCCAAGAAAUCUACUCUCCCCAGAAUAGGUGCUUUAUCUCGGGAAACAUCAUUAAAGGGCGUAGACAGUCCAAGGGGAAAGCUAAAUCAUCAAUCAUCCUUCACUGAUAAAAUAGAAGGUGCACGCUCUACUGGUUCACAUCUUCAUCCUCCAAAAGGUGGAUUUUUGAAAUCUAGUUCCUUCAAUAGUUCGAGCUCGAAACCAAAAGUGCAACUUAUGGAUGAUGUUAUUCUCCCACGAAAGAAGAUUAGAAAAGAUACUUCUCUUGAAAUAAAGGAGGGGGUUUUUGGAAAUGUAAGCAAAUCAAUGUUAAGUAGAACAGACACUGGGAAUUCUAGUGGAAACGACUCACAAGCAAAAAUGCUUGCGUCAAAAGUUUUUCAAUCACAAGAUGGCAAAAGCCCAAAGCAGUUGAAAGAUCGUAGUACAGAAGCUAAUGCUCCCGCAGCCUCCACCGAUCAGAAGCUUACUCCACGCAGCAGUUCGGGUGCUUUAUAUGCUAACAGUCCCCGUGAUCUGAAGGGUUUGCAGUCUGAUGGUAAACGAGGGAACUUGACGAAGCAAGUUAGCAAUCUAAACCGAAACCGUCUUGAAAACUCUGUUACUUCUGGAAGUGAUAUUUCACGCGAGCAAAGUUCAAGUCAAGCUGACUGUAAGGAUGAACUGCCAUCCACUGCCUGCUCGGGUGAGGUGGUGCCAAGCAACGGUAAUGUAGCCUCGCAGGAUAGAUUACCGCGUUCCAGGGAACUAAGAGAGGUAGGGAAGAAAAGCAAAGAAGCCUCUGGUAAGCGCCAAAGGUCUAGCUUGUUAUCUGAUGCAAAAGGCUUACCAUCAUCUCAAAAAGGAGGCCAGACUGCAGAAUCUAACGAAACCUCAAGCGUUUCCGAUAAUGAUCUCUCGACCACUAAAAAUGUUCGGGAAGAUAUAAAUAAGGGUAACAGGUUACGAGCAGCAGUAGAUGCUGCUCUUCGUAAAAAGCCCAACUUUGGCAAGAAUAGAUUAUUGGAGCAAUGUGAUACGUCCUUAGCGUCAAAGGUGCAUCCUAGUUCUGAUAAGGCUUUACGAAAUCAGUCAACUCCAAAGAUCAAUACGAAUCCUGACCCGUACAAUCAGACAAUUGUUACAAAUGAAAAGCAGCUUGUACCCUCUGGUGUUGAUGCGAUGAUGCCUCCACGAUCUGUGGAACUUGAUAUGAAGCCUGAAGUUAAUAUUCCAUCUUUGAAGUCUGUCAUGAGAGAUUGGCCAUUAGUAUCCGCACCUACUCUGUUGACAAGCUUAGCGAUUCCAGACCAUGAGUCUAUAUGGCAAGGAAACUUGGAGGUGCGUAAAGCUAUAAAUCAGUUAGCUAUGCAUAGCGGAAUGCAAGCACAUCUAUCAACCUUAGCAUCACCCAAGGUUGCUGAAGUGGUGAAUAAAUUUCCAGAAAAGUUUAGUUUGACUGAAGUACCUCGGCUAAGUACAUGGCCUGCACAAUUUCAAGACGUAGGUACUAAGGAAGACCAUAUAGCUCUGUUCUUCUUUGCAAAGGAUGUUGAGAGUUAUGAGAGGAACUAUAAGCCCCUCGUAGAUAACAUGAUCAAGAAAGAUUUAGCUCUGAAAGGAAACCUCGAUAAUGUUGAGCUUUUGAUUUUUGCAUCCAACCAGCUUCCUCUGAAUUGCCAGCGUUGGAACAUGUUAUAUUUCCUUUGGGGUGUAUUCCGAGGAAGAAAAAAGAUUUGUUCAAUCCCAGAAAAGAACAUAUCUUUGCCUGGUUCAGAUGUUUUGAGGCGUGACCAAGACCCCAGUGACUUGCGCCAUACGAGUUCUCCUUCCAAGCAUUUGGAGAAAGCGUCUUCUCUACGUGAGAGCCCACACAAGAUACAUGAAACUCAAAAUAGGACGGAUGUGUUUAGCCAUGAGAAUCCAAGUGACAGAGAAUCCUCUGUUGAGCGAUCAUUGAUCGCAAAGGAGGACUCUGCUAGUAAAGAGGACGAACCAGGUGUGAAUCAUAUUCCUUGUCAAGCUAAUGGAUCAAAAACCGGAGAUAGUCUAGUGAAGAAGGUUCAGCAAAUUGAAGAGCAAGAAGUAGGUGGUAGAAAGGAUCUGCUUUUGACUGUCACCGGCUCAGAAAUUCCUCCCCCUGGCCAAGUCAUUCCUCUAGAGAAAGAUCUUAACAGUAGUCAGGCUAGUCACCGGAAGCGUCAAAUUUGGGAACUGACAAAACCCGCCACAGUGAACCAGGAAAUGGAGCUCGGUAAUGAAGCUUCAUGCGAAGGAUCUCCCCAUAAGAAGCUGAAGACAGAAAACGAAAUCAGCAGCAGCGUUUCACGUGAUACAAUUGGUAAUGAUUCCGGCGGGAUGAUGAAGAAGAGUCCCAAAGUAGUGUUCCCUUUGGACUUGAAUAUGGAAGGAGAAGACAUUGAAUUAGCCGAUGAUCUCAUUCCAGUUGGCAAUAACAAUGACAACGACGACAACAAUAGACGGUUAGUUGGCACAGUCCCGGAUCUCGAGCUGCCACUUGGAGGUGAAGAAACAACUCAAGAAGACACUACAAGACUACUGCCUUUCUUAGCCGGUAAAAACAACUCUGGGGAACAAAGUAGUCACAGUGUGAAUAAAGCAAAAGAGAAAGAAGAUGAUGAUGAUGACUCUGCUUCCCUGUCGUUAUCACUCUCGUUUCCCGGAGAGGAGAAGAAGAAUGUGAAUACUCCGUUUUUUCUGUUCAGAGAUCUUCCCAGAUAA